AUGGCAGAUGGAGACCACAAACAUGACCGCCUCGAGUCGGAAGUACGUGACAUGAACCUGAAAGAGGAAGAGGCAGAUGUGGAUAUGGAUACCGUCGUCCCGAAAGGAGAGCGCAGCGAAGACAACGCAUCCGCUGCCGGCGGCGACGAUAGUGACAGCAGCGCACCUCCCACCACGAAGCGGUCUUCACGGUCGCCGACCAAACAAAAGCGCGCUUCUGGCUCGCCUGCUGUAAAGUUCGAGGAGGAAGAGACUGUCGGCGGCGAGGUGACACUGAAGCUGGAGCCAGGCAAGCCGCCGAAGCUGGCGCGGACAACAUCUCACAGAGUGGAAAAACGGGCGCCACAACUCUUCACCGAGCACGAGGAUGCAUUACCGGAGGCUCUCAAUUUCUUCGAGAGGCUGCCGGAGUGCAGUUAUGCCAAUAGGUACCUGGGAGGCACAGAACCUGCGUUGGAGUGCGAUUGUGCAGAGGAGUGGGACCCUGCGACUCGUCAGAAUCAUGCCUGCGGUGAAGACUCCGACUGCAUCAACCGCGCCACCAAGAUGGAGUGCGUGUCAGACUGUGGUUGCGGAUCAAAGUGCCAAAAUCGACGCUUCCAACGGAAGCAGUACGCCGAUGUCACUGUCAUCAAGACAGAAAAGAAGGGAUAUGGCCUUCGUGCUAACAAGGACCUCCGACCUGGCGACUUUAUCUUCGAGUACAUCGGCGAAGUCAUCGGUGAGCAAGUGUUCCGUCGGCGAAUGCAGCAAUACGACGAAGAAGGCAUCAAGCACUUUUACUUCAUGUCGUUGAACAAAGGCGAGUUCGUGGACGCAACUAAGAAGGGAAAUCUCGGUCGUUUCUGCAACCACUCUUGCAAUCCCAACUGCUAUGUUGACAAGUGGGUUGUCAACGACAAGCUCCGCAUGGGUAUAUUCGUCGAGCGCAAUAUCCAGGCAGGGGAAGAGUUGGUGUUCAACUACAAUGUCGACCGAUAUGGCGCGGAUCCUCAGCCGUGCUACUGUGCGGAGCCUAACUGCACGGGAUACAUUGGUGGCAAGACCCAGACUGAGCGUGGUACAAAGCUCUCACAUGCCAUCAUCGAAGCUCUUGGUAUCGACGAUGCGGACGCUUGGGACACUGCAGUCGCGAAGAAGCCACGUAAGAAGAGAGCUGGCGAGGAUGACGAAGAGUACGUCAACAACGUUGAGCCUAGGGGUCUUGACGAAGAAGGCGUCAACAAAGUCAUGUCGUCUCUCAUGCAAUGCAAAGAGAAGUGGAUUGCCGUCAAGCUGCUUGCUCGGAUACAACGUGCGAACGACGAGAAGGUGUGGAAUCGUGUGGUACGCUUCCACGGUUAUCGCAUAUUGAAGACGACGUUGUCCAACUUCAGCGACGACGAGAACGUCAUCCUCCAAGUACUGGAGGUUCUGGACAAGAUGCCACGCCUGACACGAAACAAGAUCCAGGAUGCCAAGAUUGAGGAGGCUCUCAUACCACUACUGCAGCACGAGCACGAACUGAUUCGCAUCGAAUCUCAAGCCUUGCUUGAUGCGUGGGCGAAGCUGGAGAUAGCUUACCGAAUACCUCGUGUCAAGAGAGAUCCUAAUGCAGUGGUGCCUGACCGCAAAGCAGAUCGAUUCGACAGACGAGACGAUGACCGACGUCGUAGUAGGUCAAGAUCGAGAUCCAAAUCACCCGAGCGGAUACAAGCACCCACUGGUCCUCGUAACAACGCACCACAACGUGCUGCUGGCUUCCGUCCCGGGCCACGAUUCCGACCUCCUCCUCCGGUCGGCGCGCUACCUCCUGGCUGGUUCGAGGCCACCGCUGCAAAUGGCACUGUCUACUACUACAACCAGGCUGGUAGUACCACCUGGCAGCGUCCGACGAUGCAAUCUGCAGCGGUGCCACCUCCGCCUCCUCCGAAAGCUGUCGCAGAUCAGCAGAUGCUGCAAGACCUAAUCAGGAACAUCGUCGCCACAAAGAAGGAGGAAUCUAAGCAGCCCUCUGCCGCUGCUACUCCGAUCGACACCUCAAAGAAAGAGCGAAAGGAAGACAAGUGGCGUACGGAGCCAGAAGAGAAGCAAAAGCGGCGGUACGAGAUCACACUGCAACCACAUAUCAUGCACGUCGCCAACAAGUACAAAGGCAAGCUUGAGAAGGACGAGCUCAAGCGCUGGGCAAAGGAACUGAGCAAGAUGGUGGUGGAUUCUGACUUCAGGAAGAACCGUGUCGAAGAUCCUAACAAGAUCAGCGAUAAGAAGGUCAAGGAUGUCAGGAAGCAUGCCCAAGCAUUUUUCGAAAAGGCGAUGAAGAAGAAGGCAGCCGUGGAGACGAAGAGGGCAGAACGAAAGGUGAAGAAAGGCGAAGCGAGCAACACGCCGGACGGCUCACCCGCAAAGGCUGGUUCUCCCAUGCUCGAGGAGGAUGAUGCUGUUUCCGAUCAUGAGAUGGCAGGGGCUGGCGAGGGUCUUGACGCUACACCCAUCGACUCUAUGGACAGCCCUGCGACCAACAAGCGCAGACGAGAAGAGCUCGCCAACAUCGCAGACGAGGAGGCCGCCAUUCUCAAGCGACCUCGGACCGAUACCACACAGGCACCUCCACCUCCACCUCCUCCGCCUGCCGAUCUUGCUCAGGAUGACGAACAGCCAGCAACUAUUCUGAAAGAGGACCUGAACGCUGUCGAUGAUGCUGACCUCGGAUUCUCUAUCAAAGGCGCCGCUAAGUUAGCUCAUAGCAGGCCAGAGUCAGUGAACGGCGAGCCCCAUCAGAUUGCCACCCCUCCUACCACUGGCUCGCCGGACCGCGAUGAGGCAGAGAAGGCGAUAAAGUUGGCAAAUUUCGCGGGCAUGAAUCCCGAGAGGAUGCGCCAGCUCGGACUGGUCGACGGCGGUCAAUGA